AUGCAAGCAUUUAACCAUGAGAUAUUAUCAAUAGCCACCGGUCCAGCAGCCCCACUCUUUCCACCCUUGAAUCAGGAGGAGAGGGAGAUUCUGUCUCAGAUUAUCAAACUCACACCACCAAAUACGAACGCCUUCAAUGCCCUCUUGUCUCCGUACGAAAACACUUUGAGACGCUAUCGGAUCGAUCCCAAGAUAGAUGACAAAUAUUACACAUUUUUACUCAAACUCAGUUUGGUACCUGGUAGCGAUUGGAAGCAAAAAUGGGCGAGGGUUUUAUCCGAUCAAGCCAUAUCUUCAGGCUUACCUCCAAAGCAAGCAAUCGUACCUACUGCUACUCAAGUUCAUCCAACUGCCCAUGAUCCAAGAAGAAUAAAACAAACAGUCUAUAGCGGCACACAGGAUAAAGAAAAGUGGAAGGCCAUCAACAGCAACGUGAAACCAGCUACUCAUCAGACAGCUGCCCACUCAAAGUCCCGCCCUCCAAAAUCGGUCCACUUUCUGCCCUCGAAAGCUGAAGAGAAUGAUCACAAUCAAAUCAAAGAACCGCCAGCAGCAAGAGAUCUUUCAUUGCCCGUUGAACUUCAGUCCGAGAUUAUCCAGUCAAAAAUGACCCUUCUGAUCGAUCCCAUUGAUGUGAAAGCUAGGAAAUUCAGACGAGAACAACUACUGGCUCGUUGUAUGAAUAAAUGGAUGAAUUCGAUAAUUUAUUGGAAUACGCUGAAUUCAGAGGCUCAAUCCGCUCGACGUGUCCUCGACAUCAAUCAAUGGAGGAAGCUGACGGUUUCGAGGACAAUCCAGAAGAAAUCACUAGCCUUGAGGAAUGCUUAUCGAAAAACCAAAGGAACGAGGGAAAGGAACCUGGGUCGUCAAGUCUUAAUUUGGUUUCAAGAGGCUCUCUUGCGGUCGAAGCUCAGAAACUUUCUGCAUGGUCGCGAUUCUCAAGUCAAACAUCAAGUUUUUAUUAAUUGGAAAAUUUCGUUAAUCCAAUCUCGCCAGAGCCACUUCUUUUUACUCAAAUCACGUUUUCAUAGACUUUUGAAGGCGUGUAGUAAAUUUCGUGCUCGCCAACGCAGGUUGGAGUUCUCAGAAACGAUGGCGGAGGCGCACGGCACACGUUCACCAUAUUCUCCCGCAGCAGGCUUACAAAAUCAAUUCACUGUGCAGUGGACAGUCAACCUUGCCAAUCAUCACCUCCAGCACUGGAUCCAGUAUCAUCAUGCACUCAUCCAACACUCUGCUCAAGCUCAGCAUUUUCAUAAACUACAUGCCAUUCGUGAAUCUUUCUUGGCUUGGACGUUUCGUCAUUGGAGGACUCAACAGCUGCAAACAGAAGCAAGUUCAACCCGAAUCUAUUUUUUACGCAAAAGGGUUUUAAUCGUAUGGAAACGCAGGAUACAGAGGAUAAGGGUAAAUUUAUGGCGUCAGGAAAAAACACUCGCACAUCUACGCGAUCGGUUUACCACAUGGAGACUGUUGUUUCACAAAAGACGGCGAUUGUCGAUAUCCUUAUGGACGUUCGAUCAAAGAAGCGCCGAGCGUCAAUGUAUGAAUGCGAUUUCCCAAUGGCGGAUUCGGCUGACUCUUACAAUCAGAAAUGAACAAACAGCCGUAGAAUUUGCUCAGCGAAAUCUUAUACAGAGGUUUUGGGUCACUUGGACCGACCGCCAUCAAUUAAUCAGGGUUCUCAUUCACGAAUCAAGUUUGGUUGUACACCGACGUUGUCAAACCCAAAAGUCGACCUUACUAGCUUAUUGGCUCGAUCGGACUCGAAUCAAGGUUGCUCACAACUUCAAACUUGCCGAGUUUUCGAAUCGCCGUCGUCGGGCGAUUGUCAUGUGCGUUUGGGAAAAGUGGAGGGAUAAAAUCCGGUCGCGGGAGUUAGAGCCGAUUGAACAAACCUUUAAUUUCAUGCGAGAUAGGAAUUCCAAAACUCAGAUAAUGCAAGUAUGGAUAGCCAGAUCGAGCUUACUCUUCUUGAUAGGACAGAAAAAGCAGAAUACUUUAAUCGACUGUUUUAAGCUUUGGUAUAAUUUGACCCAAUCCCAUAAGCUCCGUAAUCGAUUCAAUCUCAGAAAAAAUCGAUUGAUCCUCAAGUUCUUUUUCUCUCUUUGGUGUAAAAAAUCAAUCGAUUUAAAAACCAUGAAAAUUAUUAGUCGAUUUAAAAAUAAUCUAAGGAUAGCACAACCCACGACUAGAAAUACAAGAAGGUUAUGUGCUCGUGAGGUAACAGAAGAAGAUUAUACAACAACCACUAGUCUGACUAAUAGUUCAUCUAAUGAAACCUACGAGACCUCCCAAUAAUCAACUUGCCUCAAGAAAGUGAUUACCAACCUUUAAAGAUGGACCUAACUUUCUUGCCCUGGGAUAUUGUCAUCUCGAUUUAUAAUUGUCACUCAUUGUAUAAAUCAGUACUAGUACUCAUUUACUGCUGAACAUUUUGUGGGUUUGAACAUCCUUUCUUGAAUACCUUUCAAUAAUCUUGUUUAUUUGUUUUGCUACAUUUGAUUUAUGUAUUCUAUGCACACUCCCAGGUAAUGACAUACAGG